GCAGUGCUGAGUUAAUGAUUUUACCUGAUGAUCUUAGAGGGUUUUUCCCACCUUAAUAAUUCUGUGAUUUUAAACUUGAAGUUCCUGAAGGAUCAUCCCCUUUUCCUGUCAUUCACCUCCGGCUCAACCACCCCCUCACACAUCAUACCUCACUGCCCUCCCCAGCACUCCUGAGCCUGGAUGGGGCUUGGGGAACUCACAGUGAUGGGUAAAUGCUCCAUGAGCCUGGAGGCCUUGAAGAAGCAUUUCAGAUGAAAAGCACCAUCCUCUCAUGAGGCAUCCCCAUCUGUCAGGGGUCUUUGAGCCGUAUUUGUGUCGAUAGAGCCUGGCUGGGAGAGGGUGCAGUUGCUGCAAGUCACAGUGACAGGUAUAACCUGCUGUCACCCCCUAAAGAUGCUGCAGAGGGGAGAUACUCUGUGACUUUUGACUUCCUUGCAAUUCCUCCUUGUGAUUCCUGCACAGGCUUCGUGUUCCAAGGUGGGAAUUCUCCUUCCUCAGAUCCCCUUUCCAGCUCAGCAACCCUGUCCCCAGGGAGCCAAUGGCCGCGUGGCCCUGCGCAUUAGCCUGGCCUGUCAUCCCAUUGAUUCCCUUCUGGCUAAUCCCAGCUAAGCUGGGCUGGGGCGAGCAGGGCUCGGCUGCCAUCCAUGGCUGUGCCCACCCCGCUGCCCCCCAGCCUGCGCCGGGGCCUGGUGGCCUUCAGUGGCUCCCUCUUCAUCAACAACAAGACAUGGGAUAGCGGCACUGCCCACACCUAUCAGCCAGCUCAUGAGGUGCUGUCCAGCCUGCCCCUCCAGGUGAUGCUCUACUUCAACGUCUACUACUUCCCGGUCUGGUGCCUGGCUGAGGGGAUUAUGCUGCACCUGAAGUACCACCUGCUGCCUUGGCACUACCAGCUCCUGCUGGUCACAGCCUUCCUCAUCCUCUCACUGGCUGAGGGCUCCCGCCUCUACCUGGGCUACCUGGGGAACCUCCAGGAGAAGGUGCCCGAGCUGGCUGGGUUCCUGCUCCUCUCCUUCCUGAUCCAGCUGCCCCUCCUGCUCUUCCUGCUGACGGAUAGCCAGGUCAUCCACCUGCCGCUGGAGGUGCCCAUGCACAGCUUGUUCCUAGCCUUCCUCCUCAUCGAGAUCGUGGCUGCCUUCCUGGCGCUGAGGACCAUGACCAAGCAGCUGGCGGCACAGUUCUAUCUGCGGCAGUUCCAGGAGGGUGGAAGGGGCUGGCUGGAGCUGGGGGACACAGGGGGACAGGCAGCUGAGAUGGGGAGAUGCAGCAGGACCCCUCCACUCCACACAGCUGGUCCUGGCUGGGAGCAUUAAAGGGUGCUUGAACCCACAGACACUGUUUUUGAGCCUUGUGGAGCCUCCAGAGCAGCACGCAGGCACAGCUCAGCUGAUCCCUGCCCUGCACCAGCCAACACACCCUGGGAAAAGUGGGAGUGACAGGUCAGUCCCACUGAAACGUUCCGGCUCACCCCAGGGCUGUGCCUGUCCUCACUGAGCAUCAGGCCUGGCAAGAGGCAGGAACCAGGGUGCAGGAACCACUGCAUACCCCUAGGAAGUACCAGCCCAGGGCUGGAACCUUAAGCUCAGCUCCUGAGCUUCCCAGGGAGGUUCUGAGAAUCCAGGUGGCCCACAUGAAGCCAUCCCAA